UUUCGGACCUGGCAACGCUGCCGCGCACGGUCAGUAGACUCAACUCACCCAACUAAGCGGCCGUGUCAAAUGUCAAAUUGUCUUUUGUCUCUAUCUAUGCUAUCUGUGAUAGAGGGUUUGUUUUGUGGGCAGUGCGGUGGUGGUAAGGGAGCGCUUUCUCUAUAUUAAUCGUCGGUUCACGAGUUAUCUGGCCGCUGUUUCGAGCGUUACCGUUACGUUGAGUGAAAAGCCCAAUCCAGAGUGGCUGCUGUUUUGUGGUUGUUUUUUGUUGGGCAACAAUGGCGACCGUCACCACCAUUCCAGCGCCUCCGGAAAUAAAGCCGCCGACCAACAAUGCCCUAUCGAAUUUGGAAAAAAUCGAAAACUUCAUCAAUGAGCCGAUUUACAAGGAAAUCUUGGAAAAUGCGGUCAACUUCAACACCAGAUUGUGCAUCGAGCGGCGGCUGCGGCUGCCGUUCAUCGACACGCAAACAGGGGUGGCCCAGAACCACAGCUCUCUUUUCAUGGCGAAGCGCCAACGAUUACCGGGACUGAAUCCCGGCCAGAUUUACUCAUACCCGAGACAGCGGUGGCGCAAAAAACGUCGCCAAUAUCUUACCAUGAACGCCAGGGCGUACGCCCGGCAUGUCGAAUUGCUAGACGGCGAAACGGACAUGCACAGCAUCAGUCAGAUCGAAAAUCCGGCCCUUCAAGACACGGACAGCAAAGACAGUCAAUUGCUGCCUGGAGAAGUUUCGAAGGAAUGGUUCUACGAUGAACAGGACAUGUUAGAAAUGGAGACUUUUGAUGAGCCCGACCCUGACUCGGACCUAGAUUAUGAAGAAUCUUACACCAAACGGCGGCGAGGCCGCAAGGGGACUGGCAGGGUAAUGUACAACUCAGCUGGCCGUUCCGGGGCAGACACGCCAAGCACACCGGGACGUAAAAGGGGUGCCGGACGGGGCAGGGGCAAGAAAACUGGUCCCGGUGGUCACAACUAUGACCCGACGCCCGGCGAUCCCGACAAACCUUUCGCCUGCGAACUAUGCGGCGCUCGCUACAAAACUCGGCCGGGACUCACCUACCAUUACGGCCACUCGCACAAAGAGGGUGCUAGCGACGAAAACUCGCGUGAAAGCGCCGCACCCUCGCCCAUGAAUGCGGUGGUGAACAGCACUGCUGGGCUUCCGGGCGUUCCCCCCAAUCCGGUACCCGGGCCACCAGGCCCUCCGGCAGGGGGCGCCACCGAUGGACACAUCUCGCCGGGCCCUGGACCUAAUCCAGGACAAGUCUACCAAGACAGCUACGUCUCUUUUUUGAACCAGUCACCCGGAACCCCUCGCCGCAGUGGUUCCAGACAACCUGGCGCGCCGCCAGCAGGGCCUCUCAUACCGCAGCCUCCUUUACCACCGCACCCUCUAACUGGACCAAACCAGGCGCCUCCUACAUUGCCGCCCAACUUGCCCGCUCAGCCCCUCACCAAUCCGAUGGGAGAUGACCCCCCGAUGCCUAUUCUCCAACCGGAGAAGGUGAUCGAGAUCCCGCUAGUCAACGUUAUGCCGCCCCAGGAACCAAUCGCGCCCGGUCCUUCGAUUCUACCGCCAAUGGUGGCCGAUCGCAAAGUUCCGCCUAGUCCGUACUGCGAUUUUUGUUUGGGCGAUUCGACACAGAACAAGAAAACGGGUGGUGUGGAGGAGCUCGUCUCUUGCCACGACUGUGGACGCUCAGGCCAUCCCACAUGUCUGCAAUUCACCGAUAAUAUGAAGGUUUCUGUGAAGAAGUACCGUUGGCAAUGUAUUGAGUGCAAGUGCUGUUCGGUCUGCGGAACGAGUGAUAAUGACGAUCAACUACUGUUUUGUGACGAUUGCGACCGCGGCUACCAUAUGUACUGUUUAUCGCCUCCAUUGGUCAACCCGCCCGAAGGCUCUUGGAGUUGCCAGUUGUGCAUUAAACAGUUCCACCAGAAGUAGCUGGGGGCUGUUUAUCUAAGCGCGUAAUCUUUACGAGCCUACGCUUUUACUUAAAUUGAUUUUUAACACUAUAGAUGUCUAAACUCCACUAUUGUAAGCUGUAUCUAGUAUUUUUCAAAAUGUUCAUGUACUUAACUAAGGAAUUUUACCCGAUAUGAAAGUGAUUGGUAUCCGAUUGUUGUUUUAUACAAUUCCCAGCUAAGAUGUUUUUAUUGGUUUGCAUAGGGAAAUACACACAUUCAUUAUUU